AGGUCAACCAGGUUCCGGUAUUCAUCAGCAUAAAAUUAAAUGCGCUUUCAUGCCUCUUGAGGAAAGUCAUACGCAACCAGAGUCCUUGGUCAAUGUCCACAGCAGCGGUUGCACCCCAGUCCAGAGCUGCCCCGAGUAUCUCCUCGUCCUCCUAUCGGUCCAACGACACUCCGUUCAGCGUCGAAAGCCAAAAACCUGCGAGCACGGCCUCCGAUCCAUCCCGUCGCAAUCAGCAUGACGAACAACAGGAACAACUUACCGAAGCUCGUCAAACCAUUGAACAAUUGAGGAAACAAUUGGAUGCGGUACGUCAGGAACCGCCUACCAGUGUUCGUCCCCGCUUGCAAUACAGUGCCUCAGGCCGAAAAUUAGCUCCCACCGUCCAGCCUUUGGACGCAGUUCAUCAACAUUUGGCUCAAUUGGAAAGACCGCGCCCUACCGAAGGAUAUCCAGUGCAGGUCGUGAUCGCCAUUGCCGUUAUUGUCUUUGUAUUCACCUACAUCUUCUUCUAAUCCUGCCAUCUACUUUUUUUUCCUUGUGGUCAUCAAUCCAUCCAAACUACUACCACUUCCCUUCUCGAUCUACUCGCAAAUUCCCCGGCCCCCUUUCCCCACUACUCACGUAUUCAUCAUCUAUGGAAUCGCACCUUGAUCUUUAUAAAGACAUUUUGAAAAAAAAGGAACCAGCGGCAUGAACGACCUCAAUCCACAUA